CUGUCAAAAUUUGCUGACGUCUUGUGGAAUAUUCAAACCUUAAAUUCUUAAAAUUAUCAGUUCUAACAUUCCUUCCCCCAAUUUUUUUUUUUUGAUUUUGGGGAAUAACUUUUUUUUUUGCCUAUGAAUCUUCAAGAAUAGAGUGAGUCCCUUCAAAAGCUCUGUGUCUAGUUAAGACGGUUGUGUCUGACUUAGACUCUGGUGUGUUUAUCUGAAGAUUGAUUGUCUGUUUUAAACUGUUGUGUCUAAGACUUUGAAGGAUGGGUUUCAAAUGUAACUUUUGUUCAAAGAUUUUUAACCAAAAGUCGGAUUUGAUGCUUCAUGAAGCUCACCAUGCCAGAGAAGCUUUCUUCAGGGCUUGUUCGCAACAGCAACAACAACAACAACACCACCAGCAACAGCAGCAUCAGCAGCAACAAUUGCAGCAACGACAACAGCAGCAUCAGCAUCAGCAGCAGCAGCAGAAUAACAUAUCCAAAAAGACAUCUCUAUUGAACCUGUCGACUUCUCCUUCGCAUGUUCUCAAUUUGAAAUGCAUUUACUGCCAAGAGAUAUUUCACGACCAAUGCACUCUUGCAGAGCAUGUACAAAUGCAGCACUUGGGCAAGAAAGUGCUCACCUGUCACCUUUGUGAUAAGACUUUUUCACGUUCUUCAGAUCUUGCUAUUCAUAUGCGUGUUCAUUCGGGCGAGAAGCCGUUUUCUUGCAAUGUCUGCGACAAGUCGUUCACCCAACUGUCAAACCUUGCCACCCACAAGCGUAUCCAUUCUGGAGAGAAACCUUAUCAAUGCCCAGAGUGCUACAAGGCCUUUUCAGAUUCUUCAGCAUUGUCACGCCAUGUUAGAAUUCAUUCUGGGGAAAAGCCAUUCAAGUGCGACAUUUGUUAUAAAUCUUUUUCCAUCUCUUCCAAUUUGUCUAUGCAUUUGCGGACACAUUCAGGUGAGAAACCAUUCCGGUGUGAUGUUUGUGAUAAAACCUUCUCCCAGUCGGCCCACCUUGCAACUCACAUGAGAACACAUUGUGGAGAUAAAAUUUUUAUAUGUAAAGUUUGCGGAAAGGCUUUUACCAAUUCUUCUAAUUUGGCGUUACAUAUGACUGUGCACUCUGGGCAGAAACCUUACACCUGCUACCUGUGCCACAGGUCGUUCCCUCAGUCCUCGCUGCUCUCGGCUCACAUGGCAACUCACUCUGCCGAAUUAGAUGCUGCUGCCAUGGGCAGGCUGUUUAUGUCUCCUGGCAACAAUAUCCAUCACAUGAACGAGAACUCCCCAGCAUCGUCGUCGUCGUCCGUCUCUCCGUCGCAUUCCCCAUCACCACAGCAACACCACCAGCUAUCCACGACGAACACGAUUGCUGCACACAACCACAACCAUUACCACAUGCAACAAUCACAGCAGCAGCAUUCUGGCAUCCGCUCCUCCCCCGACCUGCAGCCGACCUACUCUCACAAGAACAACAAACACAUGAUCAUUGAUAAGGAUCCAAUGCAGCACGUCUCUCCGAACCACACGGUGUCCGAGGUGAUGGCCUCCCUGUCUGCGAACGAAAAGACUUUCAGAAGGAACAGCGGCAGCGGAACUGCCAUGAACACCAACAACAACAACAUCAUCACUUGCAAUAACAAUAUCAAUCUCAACAACAGCAGCAGCAAUAUCAACAACAACUGCAGCAGCAGCAACAACAACAAUAGUAACAGCAGCAAACAUUCUGGAAACCAGCCAACCGUGAAGAAGGCCAUACCACGUAGUGAGAUGGUGAAGAUAUUCCGAGACGUUGCCGAGUCCUUAUGGGGUGUGAGUGGUGAAGAUAUUGCUGAAGAUAUUCGUGAAGAUGGCAUCACAGGGACAACUUUCUGAAUCAUGAAGAAAUCACCAUUCACUCAUAAAAUAACUGCACUCACAUACUCAGUGUGAGUGCGAGUGUGUGUGUGUGUGUGUGCGUGUAUACAUAUUUAUCGUGUAUGAUAUAUAUACACACCCGUGUAUAUACAUGUAUGUAUGUAUACAUAUACAUACACAAGCAAACUAGGUUAGAAGCUGCUGUUUGUUUGUAUUAAACUUUUGAUGAAAUUAGAAACACUGUAGAUUGCUAUUAUCAUUAUUAUUAUUAUUAUUAAUAAUAAUAAUUAUUAGUAUUUUUUUUUAAGUUCUUUCCAUUUUUUUUUCUUAAAACCAAUUAUAAUGAUGCCAAGUAAACCUUUUUAUCAUUAUCACUACUAUCA